AAAGGCUUAAACCCUAAAUCCCCAAUCUGCAGCCUGUGCUAAAAGCUGGUGCCAUUUUCCUCCAGGCAAAGCGCUCAAAAGCCUUUCACUGUAGUGACUGAUCUUAUCUUUUUUCUAUCAUCAUUUUCUUUUUCUUUCUGAUUGCGCCAUGUACAGAGUCGCCGCCGCUGCCAUUGCUUCAUCAAUAAGGUCGUCUACUUCCAGAAAGCUGGUGUGCAGUAGGGUUGUCUAUAGCAGAAAUUAUGUUGCCAAGGAUAUUAACUUUGGCACCGGGGCUCGGGCGGCUAUGCUCGCCGGAGUUAACGACCUCGCGGAAGCUGUGAAGGUGACAAUGGGGCCAAAGGGUCGAAAUGUAAUUAUUGAGAAAAGUGGGGAUCCCAAGGUAACAAAGGAUGGUGUGACAGUAGCCAAAAGCAUCAAUUUUUCAGAGAAGGCAAAAAAUGUUGGGGCGGAUCUCGUGAAGCAGGUUGCCAAUGCGACCAAUAAGGUUGCUGGUGAUGGUACAACUUGUGCUACUGUGCUGACUCAAGCAAUAUUCACAGAAGGUUGCAAAUCAGUGGCAGCAGGUGUAAAUGUUAUGGACUUGCGCAAGGGUAUAAAUAUGGCGGUUGAUGCUGUUAUUGCAGAUUUGAAGAGCAGAGCACUCAUGAUUAGUACUCCUGAAGAAAUUACCCAGGUGGCCACUAUCUCUGCAAAUGGUGAGCGUGAAAUAGGUGAACUUCUAGCACGGGCUAUGGAGAAAGUUGGGAAGGAAGGAGUCAUUACUGUUGCUGAUGGAAAUACCAUGGAUAAUGAGUUGGAAGUAGUAGAGGGAAUGAAGCUAGCCCGUGGUUAUAUAUCUCCUUAUUUUGUUACAGAUUCAAAGACUCAAAAGUGUGAACUUGAGAAUCCUUUGAUCUUAAUUCAUGAGAAGAAAAUUUCAGACAUGAAUGCACUUGUGAGAGUAUUGGAGCUUGCUGUAAAGAGAAAUCGCCCUCUGCUUAUAGUUGCGGAAGAUGUGGAAAGUGAGCCGCUUACUAUGCUCAUUAUCAACAAGCAUCGUGCCGGAUUGAAAGUUUGUGCUGUGAAAGCUCCUGGUUUUGGUGAUAAUCGAAGAGCAAAUCUAGAAGAUCUUGCCAUCCUCACAGGAGGGGAGGUCAUUAGUGAAGAACAUGGAAUGAGUCUUAACAAAGUCCAGAUCGAUAUGCUUGGUUCUGCUAAAAAAGUCACUGUUUCUCUUGAUGACACUUUAAUUCUACAUGGGGGUGGGGAUAAGAAGUUUAUAGAAGAAAGGUGUGAGCAGCUAAGAACUGCCAUUGAGAAGAGUACUGCAGUGUUUGACAAGGAGAAAGCACAAGAACGGUUAUCAAAGUUGUCUGGUGGUGUUGCUGUUUUCAAGGUUGGAGGUGCUAGUGAAGCAGAAGUUGGAGAAAGGAAAGAUAGGGUGACAGAUGCUCUGAAUGCAACUAGGGCUGCCGUGGAAGAGGGCAUUGUUCCAGGGGGUGGUGUUGCUCUUUUGUAUGCCAAAAGAGUUCUUAGAAACCUUCAAACUGCAAAUGAGGACCAAAGAAGAGGAGUUGAAGUAAUAGAGAAUGCUCUUAAGGCACCUACUUAUACUAUUGCCUCAAAUGCUGGAGCUGAUGGAACACUGGUUCUUGGCAAACUAUUGGAACAAGAUGAUCUGAACUUCGGCUACGAUGCUGCUACAGGUGAGUAUGUUGACAUGGUGAAGGCUGGGAUCAUAGAUCCUGUGAAAGUGAUCCGAACAGCUUUGGUAGACGCUGCUAGUGUAUCACUGCUGUUGACUACAACCGAGGCAGCAAUUGUUGAUGCUCAAGGAGUGAAAAAUCCACUGAAAAACCGCAUGCCGAAUAUGGACGCCAUGCAGUACUAAGAUUAAUGUGGUGCCACUUGCCAAAAAUGGCAAAUACCCGAAGGCUGCGUUUGGAACAAUAGAUUUAGAUUUGGCUAAGAAUUUGAAAUUAAUGGAUUUCAAAUCACAUCUUUAAAAUCUCAUUUUGGGAAUUAUAGAAUUUGUAAAGGAUUUCAAAUUCAUUGAGUUAACGAUGCUAGAGCGUCUUACCUA